UUCCUAUCUUUUCAUUUUUAUCAGUUCGUUCACCUACAGAGAAAGAAACCCUAGAUUUUGUCAAAAGGCGGUUGCAGAACAAAAAAAAAACCUUUGAGACGAAACCAUGGCAGGAGUUGGACCGAUGACUCAGGAUUGGGAGCCGGUGGUGAUCCGUAAGAAAGCCCCUAACUCCGCCGCCAAGCGUGACGACAAAACUGUCAACGCCGCUCGCCGAGCCGGCGCCGAUAUCGAGACCGUCCGAAAAUUCAAUGCUGGAACCAACAAGGCGGCAUCAAGCGGCACAUCUCUGAACACCAAAAGGCUUGAUGAUGACACUGAGAACCUUACUCAUGAACGUGUGCCUACUGAGCUAAAGAAAGCCAUCAUGCAAGCCCGAACAGACAAGAAGUUAACCCAGUCCCAACUUGCUCAAAUCAUCAAUGAGAAGCCACAAGUGAUUCAAGAGUAUGAGUCUGGCAAAGCAAUCCCGAACCAGCAAAUCCUUUCUAAGCUGGAGAGAGCACUUGGAGCUAAACUUCGUGGAAAGAAGUGAGCCAAUUUCUACUGAUGUAGUAAGUAACAAGCAUCAAUGCUUUCAUCUAAUGUCCUAACUUUGCGAAGAAGAAUCUUUUUCUGAUGUAAGAAAGCAAAACCGUUUGAAUGUUUGUUUGGUUGAUGGAAUCACUCAUCUCAUAAACUCAUAUCAAUAUAAAUAACUCGGGUCUUUUCAUCACACA